UGGAAUCUUUGAUACCCAAAUUGGGAUUCGAGUGGUGUCUGAAUAGUUUUCCUUAGCGUUCCUUUUGGCUGGAUCAGGAUGAAAUUCUGGUUUGGGGUCAAAAAAAGCAAUCAAGAGCUUUUUUUUUUUCAUUUUUCCUGUGAAUUCUCAUUUGCCAAAAAGGGAUAAAGAGCAGUCAAGUCCUCCUUUUGUAGGGUUUUUUUUUUUUUUUUUUUUUUAACACACGGUCAUCCUUACAACUUUUACUGGGCGUGAGCGCACACAAACUCAAACGACAGGGGAGUGUUCCAAAGCGAGGUUAUUGUCCUUUGCUCAGCAUGGAAUCUCAAACAAAAAUCCCUCUGGGAAUGCAGGUGGCCGCGGGACAAGCAAAGAGUUAAGUCCCCACACUCUUUGAAGGGCCAAGCGCCCCCCCCGCCCCUUUUUUUUCCCUGACAUCACGGGGUCCGGCCCCCUGAAAGAUCCCCUCGUUCCGCUCGGCAUCUCCUCACUUGUGCUCCGGAAUGUCGAGCGGCAUCAGGACGGCAGGGAAUAUGAUCUAAGGAACUCGGUCCGGAUCGCGGCGGAUGAGGAAUGGCCGCCAUCAUGAACCCGCAGUUCAUGAGUUUCUGCUUCCCGGGCUCGGCGAUGGACGGGGGUCUCCUGGGCGAGCCGGAGAAGGAAGAGGACUACAAGGAGACCACCAGGGAGUUGCUGAGCUUCAUGGACUCUGCCUCCAGUAACAUCAAGCUGGCCUUGGACAAGCCGGUCAAGUCCAAGAGGAAAGUCAACCACCGCAAGUAUCUGCAGAAGCAGAUCAAGAGGUGCACCGGGAUCGUCAACGUCACCGACGCGGCAGGGAAGGGCCACGGUUCCUCCGCCCCGGCGGGCAAGACCGUCCCCAAGCGCGACGGCGUCCAGGCCAGCUUGCAGAACCGCAGCCUGGCCGCCCUCUUCAGCCCCGCCAAGGAAAUCCGCGGUGAGAAAGCCAGGAAGCCACCCCUGCGCCACCGCAACCUGCCGCCUUCCUUCUUCACGGAACCGGCCAACUGCUCCAAGGUCAACCCGGUGGCAGGAAUGUCACUACGAGAACUGGAGCGGGCCAACCCGGAGGCGGCGGACUUCUUUGACCUUCUGGGACCCGACUAUGUCGGCGUGGCAGCGGAGCAGGAACUCUACCAAAGUGUGCCCGGCCCAGACGCCGCCACCGCCACCUCCUGUGACGGGCACCACUUCGUCGGGGGUCUUCCUUACCCGGAGUCGUGGACUAGCUGCUCACCGCCGCUUGCCAGGAAGCUCCCGACUCCCGCGCAGCCCCCGCUGUACUGCCACCAGGAGGCCGCCACCCCUGUGGGCGCCGAGGAUAACGCCCUGUGCUCGUUAGCCUUCUCGAACUUUUUCACAGACUGCUCCGUACCUCAAGUCAACUACGACUUAACUUGUGACUACAACAGGACUCAUUAUUCAUCUCUAUGAGAAAAAAAAAACAAAUCUUGUCGAGGGGGUUUUCAUCUUUGUGACAGAGUUUCGUUGUUAUGGCGACGAAUUAGUUUGAACACAUUGUAGUAUGUCACUAACCCAUGCUAAAGCAGAAGUUAAGUUAUAAUUACAGACACCAUUUGUGUGCUAAUCAAUUUUAGAUUCUAAAUAUAGUACAAUAAAAUGAAAAACAGUAAAUACAGCCUUAACUGAGGGCGCUGCCUCGUACUCGGUUCUUGAAAUGUUGGAUGUGAGGACCCACUGUCAUGGCCGAACUCAGGAAUGAUUGAGGGUGUCCGUGGGUAUUAAAAAUUAGCAUGGGGGACGAGGGGUGCUCGGUUCAAGACGGUUUUUCUCCUGUCAAUUUUGAUCACCGAGCUGUAAUCAGAGGAAAAACUCAUGGUGCGGCCACCAUGGUCCCCUGAUCUCAACCCUAUAGAGAACCUUCAGAGCAUCAUUCAAAGGAGGAUCUAUGAGGGUCGUCGGCGGGAUAAAAGGGGGCUCUUGAUUUACGACAGUGAUGUCCCGAAGACGAAUUCGCACUGAAGUUGGAAGGCGCCAUAGUCUACCAUUAACGUCGGCUCAUAAUUGCAAUAAAUAUUUGGAUGAAAACACCUCCAUGGCCGUCGUUAUAAACAAAUGACUCCAUAAGCUAGUUAAGUGUGCACCGUUUACAACCUUGAAUUAUCACGAAUUGGCGGUCCCCAGUAUUACAUCAGAACAACAACAUGUAACUUCCUUCAAAACAUCUGACUGGUCGACUAGUUUAAGAGUUGUCAUGGCAGGUCAUGUACAUGGGCCAGCCAGGGUGGAGCUUGUCCUGGCCAAGAACGUGAUCUGUUAGCAUCACUGCUAGCAUUACAGUUGCGUGUUGUGUACAGACUUUGCCAACCUGAUCAGACAAUGUUUCUGUCAGAACCCAAAAUAUCAACGUCUGCCACACAAAUAAUCCUCCAGUGCAUUUCAAGAGGCUAGUUGCAGUUAGCGGUUAGCAUGUACGUUUGUGUGCUUGACUGCUUAUGAAGUCAUCAAUUUUUGUCGGAAUCUGUCCGAAGAGCCCUUGUGUCAACAAAACUCUAUUCCCGACUGUGGUUUUUAAAUAGCCGCAUGUUUGAGAGGAGUCUCGAAAUAUUUGCACGGUUAGGAUUUGGCUGCAUAAAUCACACACAAUCAGAUCACCGUAAAUGUUUGCCAUUUUGACGAACCUCUGGUGUGGAUCACUUUUAAUUUUUUUUUUAAGUGCUGAUGAUCAAAGCUAAAAAAGCAACACAGAACAAACCAGGAAGAACUGUGUUAAAUUCAUUUGUAAUCUAUUUUAGAUGUACUAAGUUGAAAUAAAGCUGGUCUUUAUUGCUCUGUAAA